AUGACCCUCGUGCUGCUGCUGCGGGCCUUUGCUGCAGCACGGCUGCCGUACACUCCGCUGCUGACAGCAGCAGCAGAAGCAGCGAGGCAGCAGCUGGUGCUGUCGGUACCUAGGGGGUUCAAGGGGCCCCCUGGGGGCCCCCACCACAGCAGCAACAGCAAAAAGCAGCAGAAAAUAUUCUCAUUGCCAGCAAUACAAGACCCUAGGGGGGCCCCCGUGAGGGGCCUCGACGGCGUAGAGAGAAGGGGGCCCCCCUCUGUACCCCCUUCUCUCUUUGUUUCUAUGCUGGAGUGUCUAGGCAGCUUUGGGGUGCGUCACGAGCCGCUUAUAAACGCAUUUGAAGCCUUUCUUCUCUCUUCUGCUGCAGGGGGCAACACCAGCAGCAGCAGCAGCAGCACUGCUGCUGCUGCUGCUGCUGCUGCUGCUGCUGCUGCGGUGAGGGGGGCCCCCUACCGCUAUGCCGUCCGCAGGGCCCCCGAAGCUGCAUGCGGCUCGUCCCCUCGCAGCGGCUGGCUGUCUGCAACUAGCCAGACCCCAGCAGCUAGCUACGCCCCCGCAGCUAGCUGCAGCUCAGCAGCUAGCUACCUGCUGCCAGCUAGCCACAGCGCAGCUAGCCAAGAGCCAGGGAAAGCAUGGAGCCUGCAGCAACUGAGUCGGUCUCUCGUCAGCCUGGGGCGGGUAGGGGUGCAGCGGCAGAAUAUACUGCUGCUGUGGGUAGCAGCAGUGAGGGGGGCCCCCACCCCCCUCUCUGCUGCAGAGGUGGUGGGGGCCCUAGGGGCCUCGGGGGCCUCUGGCUUCUUCUCUCGUCCGCUGCUGCUGCAGCUGCUGCUGCCGUUUGCAAGGAGAGCAGCAGAUACCGCUGCGCCCCUCUCUCCUGCUGCUCUUCUUGCUGCUGCUGCUGCUGCUGCACGCCUCCCCCUCGCUUGCCCCCCCCUAUGGCAGGCAAUAGGGGGGGCCCUUGGACGCCUGGGGGGCCCCCAGGGGGCCCCACCCCAGCUGCUCUACGCACACCGGGACAGCAGCAACACACGCAGCAGCGCAUGCAGCAGCAGCGCAUGCAGCAACACCCCCAUAGAGAAGCAUUCAGCAGCAGCAGCAGCAGCAGCAGAAGCAGAAGCAGCAGGAGGCCCACCUGCUGCUGCUGCAGGUGCAGCAGCAACAGUUGAAGCUGCGGGCAGGGGGGCCCCCGCCUCUGGUGGGGGCCCCUUAACUCCCUUGCUGUCUGUGGGGCUGCUGCAGUGCGUUGCUGCUGCUGCUCCUGUUCUGUCUCCGUGCCUGUUGGCUGCUGCUAUGCCGCAGCUGCUGCUGCUGCAGCAGCAGCAGCUGCCCCUCGCAACCACACUGAAGGCGCUCGCAGCAGCACAGCUCCUCCGGUAUAGAUGCAGACAAAGCAACAACAGCAGCAGCAGCAGCAGCAGCAGCAGCAGCAGCAGCAACAGCAGCAGCUUUGAUGUCGGAGCUGCAGCAGCAGUACUGGAGACGCAUUUGUGGCGGCUCUGCCGUCUGCAUGCGGAUGCGGUGGUGGCUCGGCAGCAGCGACAGCUAAUGCAGCAGCAGCAGCAGCAGCAGCAGCAAGAGCAGCAGCAGGAGCAGCAGAAGAGCAGAGAAGCCUCGUGGCUGCUGCUGGUGGAAGGGCCCCUUGCAGGGGACUGGCAGCUGUUGGAGUUGUGUGUCUUAGGCCUGCUGGAGCAGCAGCUGCAGCAGCAACAGCAGCAGCUGCAGCAGCAGCAGCAGCAGCAGCAGCAGCUCCAGGUCCACCACGGGAGGCCCCCUAUCGCGUCUGCUGCUGCAUGCAGGGGGCCCCCUGAGCUGCUGCAGCACGCACGGAGACUGGUAGCAGCAAGGAGGGGCCCCUGUCCCCUCGUGUUUGCUGCUGUUGAGGAGGCCGUUGCUCUGCUGCAGUUUGAGUUGAUCUCUUUCUCUGCUGCUCCUCCUCUUGCUGCUGCUGCAGCAAUGCGGCUGCUGCCGGAGCUGCAGCUGCUGCAGCAGCAGCAACUGCAGCAGCAACAGCAGCAGCAACAGCAGCAGCUGCGGCUGAAGCGGGAAACCAAUACCACAAACUAUGGCAGCACAACCUGCGGCACAAGCAGCAGAAACAACAGCAGCAACAGCAGCAGUAGCAACAGCAGCAGCAGCAACAGCAGCAGCAACAGCAGCAGCAGCAGCAGCAACAGCAGCAGCAGCAGCAGCAGCAGCAGCAACAACAGCAACCCAUACAACCUGAAUCCUCAUGGGUCUCUUCCUCCACAGCAGCAGCACCAGCAGCAACAUAAGUUGCAGCAGCAUCACGAGCCACAGCAGCAACAGCAGCAACAGCAGCAGCAGCAGCAGCAGCAAGGGGCCCCCACACCCCUGUAUUUACCUUCUGUCUCCUCCUUGGAGACAAUACUCAGCUGCUUCAGCAGCAGACUCGUCACCGCAUCGACCCCAACACUGCUGCAUGCAGCAAACAUCCUCUUGGGGGCCCUCUCUCACCCCUACCUUCUCAGGGGCCUCCUCAACCAGGCCUGGGGGGGCCCCCCUGGGGGCCCCCUUGGGGGCCCCACCCCUGGGGGACCCCCUGGGAGCCCCCCUCCAGCAGCAGCAGCAGCUGCUGCUGAGCCUUCGAGCUGCAGCGAGAAUAGCAACGGGGGCCCCCUGGGGCCCCCUAGCGCAUGCGGGGGGCCCCGUGAAGGCCCAAGCGGCGGGGAUUGGGGGGCCCCCCAGGAGGAGCAGGGGGGGCCCCCCGAGGGGGAGACGGGGGGGGCCCCCCAGGUGGAGGGGGAGGGGCCCCCUGAUGAGUUUGAGUCUGUUGUUUAUUUAGUGAGAGAGAUUUGUAUGUUGGAGGAGGAGGAGGGAGAAGAGAGUGCUGCUGCUGCUGCUGCUGCAGCAGCAGCAGCAGAGUUGCUGCGGCUUCGUCUAGGUUUAGAAGCACUACUUGCUGCUGCAGCAGACCGCCAGCUGCAGCAGCAGCAACAGCAGCAGCAGCAGCAGCAGCAACAGCAGCAGCAGCAGCAACAGCAGCAGCAGCGCCCCGCCGUAUACAGCCCGGAGGCCCUUCGCUGGCUGCGCGGGCGGCACGCGGUUGCUGCUGCUGCUGCUGCUGCUGCUGCUAGCAGCAGCAGCAGCAGCAGCAGCAACGGCAGCAGCAGCAGAAGCAGAAGGCCUGAAGCGGCUUUGAAUGAGAUGAUCGGGGUUAAGGAGAACAGCAGCAGCAGCAACGCAGACAACCAAAUAUUAUCUCCACAGCAGCCAGCAGCAGCAGCAGCAGCAGCAGCAACAGCAGCAGCAACAGCAACAGCAGCAGCAGCAGCAACAGCAGCAGCAGCAGAAACCAGUGGAUGCACGGAGACGGAGUUGAUGAGGAGUCUGCUGCAGAAGGUGGCGGCCUUGCGAUUAGAAGAACAGACAAGAAAACAGCAGCAGCAGCAGCAGCAGCAGCAGCAACAGCAGCAGCAGCAGCAGCAGCAGCAGCAACAGCAGCGAAAUUAA